AAUGCUAAUUAAGUUAACUUUGACGGUUCUUACAGUUGUCCGUAUCUCGGUCACUGAUGUAAUACCAAAACCUUGCGAUUUGAAGUGGGCUGAAGGAGUUUGGCUGGGAGCUGACAAUAAUAAUGAACUCCAAAUAAGAGACAACCAUCUAACGUUAUACGGUUUCGAUUGGAAAUGUGAAAAAGAAUGGGAAGGAAAGAAUCUAUUCCAAAGUCGUAAUGUUCAUGGAUCAAAUACAACUACAGAUUAUCUUAUUUGCAUUCAAUUAAAGAAGCUAAAUAAGAAUAAAUUAUUUUAUGGAAUGACCACCAAGACAAAAAGUAAUACAUUUCUUACAGUUGAGGCUGGUCACGAGAAACCCUUAGAUUAUACUUGUAACGAUAAAAUUGACGUAAUAAACUUUUAUAUUUAUACUAGAAAGGAGACAAAAUUAGACAGAUCAACUUGCCCUCUUCCAUUAAGAGAGCAUUGGUCUAUCGAAAGUCCUUGUAAGGGUAAAUUAGAAGUUUGUUUAGACAUUUAUACAGUUGAGAUUAAUCCCGAUAAAAGCUGCAAAGAAGAAAAUCUAAAACAAAGCUUACAACUUUACUGCCUAUAUAGCGUUAACUACGGAGGCUAUAACUAUACUAUUGUGGCAAAUAGCAAUUACAAACCGGAAGAAGGAAAACCGCAAUUCUAUUGCAUGCAAUCGAAACGAACGAACGGGAAGAAUAGUACCGAAUUGAAAAUUGCUAAAAUUGAAAAUCCAAAGAAAUAUUAUUGCGAAAUGUUUCCAGAUCCGGAAAAUGUGGAUUAUCAUAUAAAUGCUAAGUUAGAAAAAGAAUGCUACGAAGAUAUAACUGCACAAAAAGGGAGGACGACAGGAAAUGCUGUUGUUUUAAAAUCAAAUUGCGGAUUAUUUAUCUUAUUAGCAAUGUUUAUUAAUCUUUAUUAA